CUUUCCCAGUCACGGCACUUCGCAAAGUUGCAUGUCCUGUUUUUUGAAUGCGGGCAACUGGCUACAUUUAAAAAAAAACAACAACAAUUCUUUAAAUGCACUCAUGAUAACGUACAGCUCAGGAUGAAACUAGCAGUUUUUCAGCAGAAACAUGCGAGAACCUGUCAAAACUAAUCGGUGAUUUCAGUCUUCCCAUACAUUUUAAAGUCCCGAGGACCAUCGGUAACGGGAGUAGCUCGAGCUGUCAGACAUGGCUAUCGCACACGUAGCCACCGAAUACGUCUUCUCCGACUUCCUGCUUAAAGAGUCGCCAGAAGCCGCGAGGUACAAAGGAAUCCGUUUGGAGCUCACGCUGGAUAAGAUGGUGACGUGCAUUGCGGUGGGACUACCGCUCGUGCUCAUCUCCCUGGCCUUCGCGCAGGAGGUGUCUGUCGGUACGCAGAUCAGCUGUUUCUCCCCCUCUAACUUCUCGUGGCGGCAGGCUGCAUAUGUGGACGCUUACUGCUGGGCUGCCGUCCAGAAACAGCACCUCACUGAUGGACCCGAGAAAGGCUUACCGCUGUGGCUACACAAGUUCUUCCCCUACAUACUCCUGCUCGUGGCGGUGUGUGUGUAUAUUCCCGCAUUGUUUUGGCAUCUGGCUGUGGCUCCACCCCUCUACUCUGACAUCACUUUCAUCCUGCAAGAAUUUGACCAGUCAUACAACAGGGCCAUCAACCUUGCUACCCGAUUGGCCAGUUCACAGUCUGACACUCAUGGGUCUGUUCUAGAUCUGACGGACAGCUGGUUUAAGUACCCUCUGGUGGAACAGUACCUGUUGACUAAGCGCGGUUCUCGCGUUCUGCUGCUGCGCUACGUUCUGUGUCGCGUUCUCACGCUGCUGAUUCUCCUGAUGGCCGUCCUCUACCUCAGCUACUACAUCAGGCUGUCCUCUCAGACAGAUGAGUUUUCCUGCAGCAUCCGGACGGGAAUUCUGCGGAACUCUUCCGACGUUCCUGCUGCCUUUCCCUGCAAGCUGGUUGCCGUGGGGAUCUUCCAGCUGCUGAGCGUGAUCAACGUGUGUGUGUACGGCAUGCUGAUGCCCGUGUGUGUGUACGCCACCCUGGUGCCGCUGCGCCAGAGCCACGACUUCCUCUCGCCCUUCCAGCUGCUGCCCACCCUGGAGGUCAUGACCUUUGACCCCGCCUGGGACGACCUCAGCCUCUUCCUACUUCUGCUGGAGGCCAACAUCGGCCAGCUCAAGUCCUACAAGUGCCUCAAGGUGUUGGAGAUGUUGAAGAGGCGGAAUGAGCAGUGUGAUGUCAUGUUGGUGCUCCAGAACUUGGGGCAGGUGAAGAGUGACAUCACUGACGGCAAACGCCAAGUGGCUACGGAACCCCCCAGGCCCCCCCACAACAGCACAGAGAUGAAAGAACUCUCUCCUUUGUUGUCUGCUCCUGCUGAUUCUGUGCGUCAGCGGUCCAUCUGACAGAGUAUCCAUAGAGACCGUGGUUCCAUCUGAUGCCGUUUCCAUAGUGACAGCAGACCUCCUGACGGCGUUUCCAUAGCGACAACAGACCUCCUGACGGUGUUUCCAUAGCGACAGCAGACCUCCUGACGGUGUUUCCAUAGCGACAGCAGACCUCCUGACGGUGUUUCCAUAGCGACAGCAGACCUCCUGACGGUGUUUCCAUAGCAAUGAACUCUGCUCCACUGCCUUGAUUGAUUGAUGGGGAAAUGAACUACUGAACUCCUGAGUGUUUUACUACAGGUGGAGUUUGUGUGUGUGUGUGUUGAACUCCUGACUACAGGUGGAGUUUGGGUGUGUGUGGUGGGGUCAUAGGUUGGAAAAGUGUGUGUGUGUGUUUAUGUGCAUGUUAACCAGACUGAUUAGUAAUGAAUUGGUUCGUAAAUACAGUGUGUGUGUGUGAGAGAGGUUAUAAUUAUGUGCCUUAAAUAAAGAAUGUUGUUGGGUUUUA